AUGUUAAUAUGGAAGAAGUUGAACGAAGUGGGUGAAGAUACAAAGAGAGUAAGAAAGCAGGCAGAGAGGAAAAAGAAAAAUUUCCAUGGGGAGGCUGGAUUGUUUGAUCUUGAAAGGCACUUCGCCUUCUAUGGAGCUUAUCACAGCAACCCAGUUAACGUUUUGCUGCACACUUUCUUAGUGUCGCCAUUAGUCUUCACUGUUGCUGUUCUUCUCCACUUCACUGUUGCUGUUCUUCUCCACUUCACACCUUCUCUCUAUGAUUGCCCGUCUUGGUUAAACGAUCACGGUUUCGAAUUGAAUGUAGGGUUGGUUUUGACUUUGAUGUAUGCUAUCUUUUGUUUCAAAUUCGACAAGCAAGCUGGGUCCUUGGCAGCUUUUCUAUUGUUUCUCACCUGGGUUGGAGCCAGUGUUCUUGCUAGUGGGCUAGGGUUUGCUAAGUCAUGGAAGCUUGUUAUUGCCGUUCAGGCUUUCUGCUGGCCUGCACUGCUCAUAGGCCAUGGCGUUUUUGAGAAAAGAUUACCAGGUCUUGCAGAGAGCUUUUUUAAAGGAUUUCUGAUGGAGCCGUACUUUGUGUUGCUUGAGUUUCUUCAAUCAGCCUUUGGCUAUGAACCCUAUCCAGGGUUUAAUAAAAGCGUGAAAGAAAAGACGAAGCUGAUAUCAAAGCGUGGAAGGUGA